CCUGACGGUGUGACACGUCCUGACGCUUUUCCACGUCGCAGCCCUGUCUCGGGCAACUCGCUGCGUAUGUAUGCGUGUCUCCAGCUAGGCCAGAGAGUGAUGGCGGCGCCCGUCCUGAGAGUGUCCACCCCUCGGUGGGAAAGAAUAGCUAGGCUUCUUGUUUGCGUGCUAGGCAUACUGUUGUCUCUAUACGCCUUUCACGUCGAGAGGGAAAAGGCUCGGGAUGCGAGUUAUAAGGCUAUGUGCGACGUCAGCAGCUCCAUCAGCUGUUCAAAAGUGUUCAGCUCAAGGUGGGGUCGAGGAUUUGGACUCUUAGGCUCAAUUUUCGGAAAUGACAGUGCACUGAACCAACCCAACAGUGUCUACGGGAUUGUCUUCUAUGCCUUUCAGCUCCUACUAGGAAUGACUGUCAGUGCAAUGGCCGCCCUUAUUCUCAUGACGACAUCCAUCUUGUCGGUGGUGGGUUCGCUCUACCUGGGCUACAUCCUCUACUUUGUCCUAAAGGACUUCUGCAUCAUCUGCAUCACCACAUAUGCGCUGAACUUCAUUCUCUUUAUUCUCAACUACAAGCGACUGGUUUACUUGAACGAGGCCUGGAAGCAGAAGCUUCAGGCCAAGCAGGACUAAGCUGUCGAGAACGGCAAGGAAAGUUCGACAAACAACCGAAAGAAAAAAAAUGAAAUGUGACCUCUGAACAUUUGACUUGCCACCAGGAGACCUUGCUUCCAAACAAUGUUUAUUCCGCUCUGUGUUCAAAAAAAAAAGAAGAAAUUUAACUUAAAUGUUGGGCCAGCCAUCUCAAUGUUGCAAACACGGAAGGAUGUGUAAGAGAAAGAUGAUUUCCUUUUCAUUUCUAUUUCUCUGUGUGUGUGUGUGUGUGUGUGUGUGUGUGUGUGUGUGUGUGUGUCUGUGUCGAGCAAGCAAGCAGAAGCCCAAACUACAGAACGAUGGACUACUCCUCUCUUUUGAACAAAAAGGAUCGCAGAAUGGAAGAAAACAGGACAUUAAAAGUUAAAAAGGAUUUACUUGAAAUGGUUAGUAGGGUCCCAUCACUGCACAGCGGAUCUGCACUAAAACCCGGAACCGGAUAAUGGGUCCCAAAAUUAGA